AUGGGGGAAGAAGAAACAGUCUGGACAAUGAUAGCAAAACAUAGGGGUUUGCUUCGAAUAAAGACAUUCAUGUCGCUUGCUGGACGAGAUAUUCUGCUAACCAAUAGCACCAAAAGACACUUGGACACCAAUGCGAGAUACAAGAAGAUAUGCGAGGAUGCAUGGGAGGAUGUCAACCACGUACUAGAUGACUGUCUUGUGUUCUUACGUAAUUCUGAGCCGAAGUUUCACUGUCUUUGCGCAGUUCUCUCUGAGUAUAAAUUAGCUUCCGGACAGCAUGCUAACUUCUCCAAGUCUAGUGCAUAUUUCAGCCCUCAUACUCGGACGAAUCGGCAUGUGACCCUCUGUUCAAUUGUUGGAAUUCAAGCAGUGGAUGAUCCACGAUUUUACCUAGGAUUUUCAAUGUUAAUUGGCCAAAACAAGAACAUGGCCUUUUCUUUUCUUCGUGAUCGGGUGAUAUCAUGUGUUAGGGGUUGGGCAAAGAAUCUCCUUUCAUACGGCAAUAGAGAGAUAUUUAUUAAAGUUGUGGGGCAAGCAAUACUGACAUAUUGUAUGGGAUGCUUCCUGUUACCGGGCAGUCUCAUUAACGGCAUUACAGGGUCGCUUCGUGAUUUCUGGUGGUCGGGUAAGUUAGAUAUGCAAGGGUGGCCUUUACUCUCAUGGGAAUCCAUAUGUAAAUCAAAAAGGCUCAGGGGUUUGCGUCUACGGGAUCUGCUCACUUUCAAUAUCGCUAUUUCGGGUAACCGGAUUUGGAGACUGGACUCGAAUCCUUCUAGUCUUGUCUCACGGGUUUUAGCGGCAAAAUAUUACCCAUCGGGAGAUCUAUUUGCAGCAACUCUUGGUCAACACCCAUCCUUAGCUUGGCGAAGAAUUUAUCAGGCUUUGUGUGCUCUUCGAGAAGGUUUCCAUUGGAGAAUAGCCAUUAACAGUGCAGUUCAAAUUCAUCGACAAUCAUGUGGUGGUUCACGUCCAGUUGUUCUUCAUGAUUAUUAUGUUGAUCUUACUUCAAACCCGGUUCGAUGUGGUGAUUUUAUGGAAAUAGAUGCGCCGAAUUGGAAUGUCCAGCUAGUUCACCAGGUAUUCUCUGAUUUUGAUGCAGCUUCUGUGCUUCAAUGCCCGAUUGCUCCGGUUCACGUAGAUAUUCCCCUCCCCAAGGUUCGUUUAUUUGGAUGGUGUCUUGCUCAUGAGGCUCUACCAGUUCGUGCUCGUAUAUCCUUGGUCGGUCUUUGCAAUAGAAUAUGUUCGAUGUGUGGUAAUCAAAUAGAAACUGUUCUUCAUGUUGUUCGGGAUUGUUCUACUGUGAGUUCUAUUUUGCAAGAUGUUGGAUUUGACUUCUCACGCUUACCUGCUUCGAUGUCUUCCUGUGGCGACUGGUUUGAGUCGUUAAGGAGUAUCUUCUCUUCGUCUCAAUUUGCUGGUUUUCUCGUUUUGCUUUACUUCCUUUGGCAGCGACGUAACACCUUUGUUCAUGAGGUUUUUUUAGCGCCUAGAUGGUCUCUUCUUCAUGAAAGCACGACUUUGCAACAAUCUUAUUUGUCAGCUUUGUCCCAUCUGUCGUGUAACCAUGCUAGCAGCAGCUCAAGAUGGUGUAAACCGGGCCCUGGUGUAAUUAAGAUAAACAUUGACGGUGCUUGUCCGGGAAGUCCGGCUAUUCCGGCUUUGGGAGUGGUUGUUCGUGAUGCUAAUGGCUUGGUUGUCUCUGGGUUUUAUCGUCCCAUUCAAGUCUUGAAUGAUCCAGCCAUUGUAGAAGCUCAUGCGUUAGUGGCGGGAAUUCGAUGUGCUUCGGAGUUUCCGACUGGAGACAUUAUUGUGGAAAGUGAUUCAAGAAACUUGGUUGCUCAACUCUUAUCACAGCAUAUUGAUCUUUCUCUAGCUUGCUUUCAUCUUGUAGUUGCCCGUUAA